AUGGAUUUAAAUGAAAUGCGCAUAAAAUUUGAUAACGCAAUUCUAUUAUCAAUUGAAUCGAAACGUAACGACAACAACUUUUUUUUGAAUAAUGAAGAAUAUUGUGAACGAAUCGAAGAAAUAAAAAAAUCUAAAAUUACACUAUCUACGGCUGGAGUAAAAAAGUGUACGAAAGACUAUAGGAAUGUUCGUAAGUACGAUAUUCUUAUUAUCAACGGUAAAGAUCGUCUUAUUAAAACUAUAACCAAUGCGCCAGAGGGUGUGCGUUAUUAUGUAAAAAAUGAAGAGUUGUUUGAUAUACUUCAUUCUACACAUACAGCAAUCGGUCACGGAGGCCGAGACCGAAUUAUGGUUGAACUUAAAUUAAAAUACGCGAAUGUGACAAAGGAAACAAUAAUGGUUUAUUUAAGUCUAUGUUCUGAUUGCCAUAAAAAAUCUUCGAAUCCAAAAAGAGGGCUUGUAUCAAAACCUAUUUUACAUUUGGCAUACAACUCACGUGCUCAACUGGAUUUAAUAGAUAUGCAAUCACAGAGCGUAAAUGAUUUCCGAUUUAUAAUGAAUUACCAAGACCCCCUAACCAAGUUCGUUGUCUUAAACCAUUAA